GGCCAGCUUCCUUCAAUAACUUCCUGAUACGCUUUACGCUUAAGGCUUAUUAUUACUGGGUACCUAGGUAUUUGCUGUAGUGCAUUUUGCAGGUGAACCCGAUGUCGUAACACGAAUGAACAACACCACCGUCGCCUGUGCUUUUUUAUUCCAUCAGCCAGAUUUCCAUCUUCACGUUCCCUCGUCGCCGUUCUCCCGUUCUCUGCAAAACUAACUUUUCUCAUUCUUCUUAACGCUUAGGUUAUACCUUCCAUUCCCAUAAUUACUGAACCCACCGUUAAUUCUCCCUUUUUUACUUAACAAUUUUUUCUUCUUUCUACAUUUCCGUUUUCUACGUACCCUCGUGUCCAAAAGUUGAGCUUGCGAUCACUCUCCAAACUACCUCGGCGCCUUCGAAAUUGCUCUAGAAGCAGCCUUUCACCGCACAGAACCGACUUUCCGACUUUAUUUAUCUUGCAGUGUAUAUACACCGCAUCUCUACCGUCAACAUGUCCGUCGAUAUCGAUCCUCAGGAACUCGGCUUCCACCGACCGUUCACGGCGGAAAUCUCGGAAACUCUACGCAUCAAGAACCCGAACACCCACCCUGUUGCCUUCAAGGUCAAAACCACCGCUCCCAAGCAGUAUUGCGUCAGGCCUAAUUCAGGCCGGGUUGAGCCUGGAAAAGAGGUCGAAGUUUCAGUCAUCCUCCAAGCUAUGAAACAGGAGCCUCCUGCGGAUGCAAAAUGUCGGGAUAAGUUCUUAGUCCAAUCUGUCCCAAUCACAGGCGACAAGGAAUUCGCGAAUCUCGCAUCUAUCUGGGAUGGUAUUGAGAAGUCUUCGAUACAAGAGAAGAAGAUCCGUGUGGUGUUCUUACCUCCACAUGGUGCUCCCGGAGCAGCUCACCUCGAGACACCCAGCAAAUCUUCAGCGGCUAAUGGUACCCAGGCCACACCUGACGUCGCUCCUCCUGCCUAUUCCUCCCCGGGCGAAUAUUCAGGCAGCCAUACAGAUCAGAAAUCGGUAGAAGAGAAGGACACCACCAAGCGUGACGAGGUCCCGUCCCUCGCGGCUGCGGCAACCGUAACCGCCAAGAAGACAGAUGCUAGCCCCGAAGAACUGAAGCAACAACUCAUCCAGGCCGAAAAGUUGAUUGCGCAACUGAAGCAAGACAAGGAAGGUCUACGACAGCGAAAGACGACGAGUGCGGAUGGUGGCUCCGGUCCCAGGCCUGCAGAAUUAGCUCAGCAGACACCGACUGGCUCUGAGGGCGUGUCCAUCCAAAUUACGGCCAUUCUGUGUUUCCUAAGUUUUAUGCUCGCCUAUCUCUUCUUCUAGGUGGUGAUGGAAAUUGGAGUUGCUUCGAGAUUUGACUAGUACAAAUAUGAGGAUACUCUACAGUCGUGGGUUUGAUAGGGAAACCUCCUAGAUGAAGGUGUGGGGGCAAAGGAAGUUGUACCUACCUACUUGGGUAGGUGAAACAGAAGUAAUUUGAGGUUCUGGAAGUCAGGCUCCCUUGGUCGGAUUCUUGUAAGUGGAACGGAGGAUCUAAACUAUCCUUCGUCAUGGUAGACACAUUGUACUUUAGCAUGUAUUCCCUUUGUCCCCCCGUUUGGUUGUUGAGAGGUACGAGCAUUCUGAUAUAUACUUUGCAUGAAAUUGAUGCGAUCCUCACAUGAUCGUCGUGAAAUCCUAA